AAUUAUUGUUUGCUGUUUCCAAAUGUUCCUAUAUGUUACAAAUCAAAAUUUUAAGUAUGUACUAGAUGCUUUUUAGUUGGGAUGUACUUAUUGCAUUAGGUGAAGUAGUAACAGGCGUAUUCAAAAACAAAUGACUGCGGGAAUGCUACGUGAUGCAGGUAGAGAAAGCGAACUUGACAGAAGUUUCUUUGUCAGUUGUCGUUUAGCGUGUGUAAAAUCGUUAUCAGGUUCUACUUUGCAUUAUUUUUCAUUUAAAAACCAAGAUGCCUCGAUGUUUAUUAAAGUGCAUGAUGCGUUACGGACAACAUGACAAAUCAGAUGAUGAUCUUGAAUCAAAUGUACAGCAAAUACCAGUUGCAAAAGAAGUUAAGAAGAAAAAGAGAAGAUAUAAAGAGGCACAAGGAAAGAUAGGUAGUAUUUGGUCAUGGUCAAAUCUUCCAAUUGUUACUCGAUAUAAUUUUCAAAAGAAUGAAAAUAUACUAUGGAAUCCAGAGUCAUCUGAUAAUAUUGAUUGCUUUAUAAAUAAUAGUAAUUCAAGAAACGAAAAUUCUUCUACUAGCUGCAGUGAUGAUCAAAAUGCCAUAUAUGAUCUUGAUAACUUAGAGACAUCAGAAGUACCUCAAAUAUUACAGCUAAAUGAAAAUAACUCUACACAUAAUCAAAAACUUGAAGAUAAUAAUUUAGAUUUUUCCAUAUGUCAAAAAAAUGUCCAGGUUCAAAAUGUAGUAUCUGUUAUUUAUUCUCAUACAGGUAUUCAGGAGAAUGAAGUUAUAAAAUCUUGUGAAGAAGAUAGGAGUUCUGAAAUAGAUGGAAUAUCUAAUCAGAAACGUAAUAAAACAAUGCAUUUCUGUCCAUAUUGUCACAAAAGCUUUGAUCGUCCAUGGGUAUUAAAGGGACAUUUACGUCUUCAUACAGGUGAAAGACCAUUUGGUUGCCCUGUGUGCAAUAAAUCAUUUGCUGAUCGUUCAAAUUUAAGAGCUCACCAAAGAACUAGAAAUCAUCAUCAAUGGCAAUGGCGAUGUGAAAUUUGUUUGAAAGCUUUUUCUCAGAGACGUUACUUAGAACGUCAUUGUCCAGAGGCUUGUCGUAAAUACAGAGUGUCACAAAAAAAAGAAUGAUUUAACAUUAUGUGUAUAAUUAUUACACUGAAUUGCUCCUAUAAAUUGAAGUUCCCUUAAUUUUUAUAUAAUAAAAUAAUUUAUAAUAUA